UUGGCCAAGAAAUCCCUAAUCGUCAAAAACGAACGACGCAAGCAGACGGUAGCCAAAUUCGCCCAACAGCGUGCUGCACUGCUGGCGGAAGCGCGAGACCUCUCGCUGCCGGCGCGUCAGAGGUUUGAGACUAGACAGAAAUUGGCCCUACUACCCCACGACGCCAAUCCCAACCGCGUACGCAACCGGGACGGAGCCACCGGACGGCCGCGGGCGUACAUCCGCCACUUCGGUCUGUCUCGCAUUUCAUUCCGUGAGAUGGCGCUGGACGGGUUGUUGCCCGGCGUUCGCAAGGCCAGCCUGUAA